AUGAGGAUUCUUUAUACACUCUUUGCAAUAUUAGUAGUUAGGGUCGGAAUUUGUGGAGGUAAUAAUGGUGCCAAAGAAGCAUUAAAGGGCGCAGAGAAACAGAAUCCUCCGAAACCUACACACCCAGCAAGUUCAUUGACUUCCAAAGCAGAUGGGUCACUGUUCGAUCUUGAAGAAGGAGAAGAAGGUGGAUUUAAGGUUCUUAAACUGACUCCUAAAACUGGUAAGGUAACUGAGCUCAAGUAUGAUGGUAAGGAUGUAUGGUCUGGCAAAGCGACGUUAGGUAAAUCUUCAAACCUGGUGGAGGCCCUGAUAUACUUUGAUGAGAAUGCUCCGGCAUUAGCUAUAAUUUCCACUGAUAAGAAUUCAAAGGUCUAUAGAUACCAUGAUGGUAAGCAAUGGAAGGAUUCCAAAGAGGAAGAACAUAAGAAGCUACUUGAUGCUCUAAAGAAGAAGUAUCAACCCAUAGAAUCUCAGAAACCAGGGGUAAUGGAGGAUCCAAAGACUUUGGAUUUGGCAACACCGAACUCAUCGUCAUAUAGAUCAUUUGGAACGAAUAUUAACGGAGUCCCUGCCAGAGUCUAUGUAGUUACAUCUGGUGUUGAUAUUACCAAGGUUAAACACGGAGAUAAAGUUGUAUGGAGUGCUAAAAAUGGAGAGUCUUGUUUCUACUGUGCACUCCUUUUGAGGGAAAAUGCACCAACUAUGACACUCAUUAGAAUUAAGGGACAAAAGCUUUCUCAAGUACUCGUCGAGAAUGAUGGCAGCCAAUGGAAACUGUCUUCUGGUAAUGUCCAGAAUAGAAUUGAAACAUUGAAACAGGGAUCUGUCCAGGUUCAAAAAUUAUCUCUUGACCUUUCCCUGGUAAAAGAUAAUGAACACUGCAGGAUCAUAACUUCCGAAGUAAAUGGCCUUAAGACUCGCAUUUAUACCCUAACUUCCGGCAGAGCCAUAGAAAGGAUUACAGACGACAAUGUACAUAUUUACAAUCUGAAUGAUGGCUCUAUAGGUUACUUCUGUGAAUACCAUUCCAAAGAUAACGUUAUAUUACUCAGAGUACAUACCCAAAAGGACUACAAUCUUGCAAUGCUUUCUUAUAAAAAGGAAGGUGAUAAAUGGAGGAGCAUAUCUGGAAGGGACUUCAGUGAUAAGCUCGUUCAAAUGAGAAAAUAG